AUGUGCUUGGACAGUAUCUCGGCCACCUUGGAUCUCAUGUCUAUGAGCGUUCAAAGGAGCUCUUUGACGAAGAUUUCUUCGAAACCAUUAGUCGAUAAAACCCCGGUGUUGACUGACCCGACACUUCUGUCUACUCCUAUAUCAAGAACUCCUCCGGUUGUUAAGUUUCCAUCCACAUCCCUGAAAACUGCUCUUCAAUCCACAGCAAAAAUCGGUUUCUCGAAAAAGGUCAAGGUAAAGAAGAGAAAAUUUGGGACAUGGUUGAUGUUCUGCAAGUGGGUUUUGUUCUUGGGGUUGAUUUUUGGGUUGGAAUUUGGGGUUUCUUGGGAAAUUCUCGGGGUUUUACGACCACAUUUAUCAGGUAAGAUAGUGAAAGAUACUGUUGUAGAGUCUUCAGGUGUUGAGAAUGUGAAUGAAAGGUUGAAUUUGAUUCAAGCGCUUCAGGAAUAA